AUGCUGCUUGAUCGCAUAUCUUCAGUCAACCCGGCGUUGCUUCUGCUCGCUGCGCUCCCUCUGGUUUUGGCUCACGGCGACGAGCAUGAGCAUUCCGGAAUGGCGAUGGACAUGGGGAAUACACACGUCAACAUGACAGCCGUCGCGACAGUCGCAGCACCUUCGGCUGCUCCAAGCAACUAUUUCCGGUAUCCAGAAUUUGCAGGCUGGAUGUAUGCGCAUAUUGCUCUGAUGACAAUCGCAUGGGCAAUCGUUCUUCCUGUCGCUGUCGUUUUCAGCGUAGCUCGUUCGCGCUUCACAAUCCCGGCGCAAGUCGCAUUCUUAGCCGUCAACGGGCUCGGUCUUUUCACCAGCAUCAUCUACGAUGCAAAGACACCAGACCUCUACCCGAACAAUGCGCACCACAAGAUGGGAUGGGCUGUGACUUGGAUCGCCGCAGUAUGGUUCCUCAUGACCUUCGUGAACCUUUACAUGGCGCGAUCCGAGAAGGCCAAGGAGAGGCAUGCAAUGACGGCCGACAAUAUUGCACAGUACGAUCGCCUCCAGAACCAUAGGUGGUCAAGAGAUUCGAGUCAUGAUUCAGCGACGCUCUGCUCUGGCUCUCGCUCGCCUAGCUCAGACUCAAUCCCGGCGCACAAGCUUGCAAGUCCAGAAGACUUUGAGGAAGAGGAUGGAUCCGAAGAGCAAGCAUUCAUCCAGAGUAACUCGGUUGAUCGCUUCCUCUCACGAAAGGUCCCCCGCAUCUCAUCCGGUCGAACACUCACAGCCUUCAAGGUCGUUUUCACUUUGACCGAACGUUGUAUGCCAGUCCUUGGAUUUGUGAGUCUGUUGAGCGGUGGUGUCGUAUUCGGUGGACUCUACCGUCAACGUCUCAUUUUCUCCGGAAUGGCGCAUGCAGUCAAGGGCGGCAUCUUCUUCUGGUACGGCAUCCUGACUCUUGGAAGAUGGAUGGGUGCGUUCUCGGACUUUGGCUGGGCGUGGAACGUCAAGCCUGAACAUCCCAUGGUGUCUCGCUUCGCGGCCGGACUUCCCUCGGCCGAGUUCGUCGAAUCCUUUGUCAUCUUCUUGUACGGCGCAAGCAAUGUCUUCCUCGAACACCUCAAUGCGUGGGGCAAAGCAUGGUCCGCCCAGGAUCUUGAGCACAUCAGCAUCACCAUCAUGUUCUUUGGUGGUGGUUUGAUGGGUAUGCUCAUCGAAAGCAAGAGAAUUAGGAACCUCUUCAACACCUCUGUCUCGACCUGGCAGGAAGAGGCCACCCUCUUUGGUGAUGCGCUCGAGAAGCAACGUCAAGAGUGGGAAGUACCAAAGACAUACAAGACAAGCCUCAACCCGAUGCCUGGUCUUGUCAUCAUGCUUUUGGGAAUGUCCAUGUCAGGACACCACCAACACAGCAUGGUAUCGACAAUGCUGCAUCAACAAUGGGGCACUCUAUUCAUGGGCUUUGCAAUGGCUAGAGCAGCGACCUAUGUUUUGCUUUACCUAGCACCACCAAAGUCAUUCUUCCCUAGCCGCCCUCCUACCGAGCUGGUAGCCAGUUUCUGCCUGAUCAGCGGGGGCAUGAUUUUCAUGGGCAGCUCUACAGAUGCCGUGAGCACGAUCGAAGGCAAUGGCCUGGAUGCCAUGUUCCUCUUCACCGUCGCUAUGGGCAUGACCGCCCUAGUGAUGUCCUGGGCCUCCGUUUGCUUUGCUCUCAAGGGAUGGGCUGUGAGAAAAGAAAAGACUGUGUAA